AUGACACCAGAGGGCGCUGCGCCCUCUGGUGUCACCUUACAGAAACAUAAUCUAGAGAGAGAAGAUGCAGAAUGUAUCAAGGAACAACUUUCCCAAACAUACUUUAUACUUAAAUAUGAUAGUUUAAGUUUUAUAGCUAAAGAACGAAAGUUACCUUUGAAAAAUAUUAUACCUACGUAUCAUAUGGAAAAUUUAAAAUUCAAAUAUUUCGCAAUGCGUAGGUUAUAG